AUGCCCUCCAUUCAGACGAUCCAGCUUUCCCAUCUGCCCUCGAACAGGCCAGUGCAUAUCGCGUUAUAUCGAGAUCUCCAAAAUGCAUCGUUUCUAAGGGAGCAACUACUUGCUGGAAAUACUGAAUUUGAAUAUGCCUCCAUCGACGCUGCAACGAUUGCAGAAUCCUUUCGAAAAUUUGGGUUGACCGACGCCACAAAGGAUUUAAUAGUGGUAAAAGUUUCCAUGCCACCAGGGGUGACAAAUGAGUCCGUAGCUCAACAUCUGGGUGAAGUGGUCAAGGGAAUCCCACUUACUUUUGACGACGACAACCUCCGUCUGGUGUCAGAUAUUGGCAGGAUUAAGAAGGCAUAUAAGUUGGGUUCGGGGAUUACUAAACCAGCGCCGAGGGCUGAACCUGGCAAGGCUGGCCAGAACUACUCCCAUAAGCCGGUGGAGAUGGAAAUGAGAGAUCUUGAAAGGACUAUUCUUGGCCUCAUGGCUUUAAGAGGCUCGUGA